AUGAGCAAGAGAAAAAGAGCACCACACGCUGAAGAAGCAAGCGACAACGGAGAUGAUUUCCUAACAGAAGAAGACGUUGGAAUCCAAGCAACACAACCAUCACAAAUGGUUGAUUCCGAUCAUGAAGACAAUGAAGAAGAACAAGAAGACAUCUCUGCAACUCAACAAAAAUCGAAGAAAAUUAAAAAGAGAAAGGAAUCCUCUGACGUUUUGGACGAUGAAGAGGAUGGGAAAAAUCUUGAAGCAGGUAUUAUUGAGGUUUUGAAGCUCAAAAACUUUAUGUGUCACCCAUCAUUAAAAGUAGAAUUCCAUGACAGAACUACAAUCAUUCACGGUGAAAAUGGAAGUGGCAAGUCAGCAAUUUUGACAGCCAUUCAGGUGUGUUUGGGAGCGAAGGCUAAAAACACUAACAGAGGUAAAUCUAUUAAAGAUUUAGUAAUGACAGGAAAAGAGCAAGCAGAGAUCUCCAUCCAGCUUAGAAAUCAAGGAAAGGACGCUUACAAGAAGCAUUUGUAUGGGAAAUCUAUUACCAUUGUAAAAACAAUCUCCAAGUCUGGAUCAUCAUCACUCAAAAUCCAGAAUACCAGAGGAAAAACAGUUGAGAAAACAAAUGAGGAGCUACGUCAAAUUUUACAUAGCUUUAACAUUCAAAUUGACAAUCCUACUACUUGUAUGACACAAGAUAUCAGCAGAGAAUUUCUCGCUGGCUCAUCAGAGGCUAAAAAGUUCGAAUUUUUCCUAAAAGCCACUCAAUUACAACAAAUGAUGGACUCCUUUAAACAUUCACAAGAAAGUAUGAGCAAAAUUGAGCUAAUAUUGGAUGAAAAAGGCAAGUCACUCGAAGAAAGCAAGGAAGAGCUCAACAGAAGAAAAGAAUUGUAUGAAAACGCGGAACAUAUUGAUACUCUCAACAACGAAAUAGAGGCUUUAAAGUCCGAAAAGAUGUGGGCAGGUUAUCUCGACGCAAAAAAAAAACAUGACAAAGAACUAGCCGUACUUGAAAAAAAGAGACAAGAUUUGCAACAAUUGAUUUCACAACGUGACUCGUCCACGAACGAAAAGCUUAAUGAGCUGAACAGAAAAAAAAACGAAUUGGAAGAGGAAAAGCACGGAAUCAACAUGCGUCUUUCAGAAAUCGAAAGGAGAGUCAAUGAUUUGGCAAAGACAAAAAAAGAUAUUGAAUAUAAGGCUCAAACCAUUUAUACGAAUAGAUCUACUCACAAGAAUGAACAAACGAUAUGUAAGGAACAGAUUAAGAUUUUAGAAAAAGAAAAAGCUGAUACACUCUCCAAAAACAAGAUUGACAAAGAGUCCAUAAUUAGGGAAAAACAAGAAGAGAUUGAGAAAAUAUCUGCCGAACUGGAAAGCUAUGAACGACAAAAAGCCUCUAUUGAAGAAUCACUAACAUCUGAUAAGAGCGCAAAAGAGAAUCUUACCAAUGAAUACAGCAGUGUGAAAAACGAAAAGAACCAAUUGCAAUACGAAAUUAGACAAGCAGAAACAGAAAUGCAGAAUAUGCAGCGCAGCCGUACAGACAAAUUUGCAGUUUUGGGAGGAGACGCAAUGAAAAGAUUUCUUAGUGACGUUCAAGCCAACAUGAAAAAAUUCAGCAAGCCUCCAGUCGGCCCUAUUGGACUUAUUUUGAAAGUGAAAGACGAAUAUAUUGAUUGGGCUCCAUGCGUUCAGCAUGCUCUUAGCAAAUACCUGUACAUGUUUAUUGUUGAUAACUUCAAAGAUGGAGAAGAGCUACAAAAGCUAAAGAACAAACAUAACUUAAAGGCCACUCACGUUAUUCAGAAAUAUAGUAAUGAGAUUUAUGACGUGAGUAACAACAGUCCUAUGGAUCAUCUCACUAUUUUCAAGGUUUUAGACAUUGACACUCAUUCAAUACGGCAUUCUCCUGUCAAGUACGAUGACCUUCAAGCCCUGAAGGCUACCAUAAUCAAUACUGUGAUUGAUCAAGCUCGUAUAGAAGCAUCCGUGCUCAUCGAAAAGAGAGAAGACGCAGACCAGUACAUGUUUGGAAAAGAGCCUCCAAAGUUUGUGAACGAUUGUUUUACUAUUACAGGAACAAAAUUAAUAGUGAGAGGAAAAUCUAAAAUUACCGACACUGCCAACGCUACAAGAAGCAGUUUGUGGACCAAAAACGUGGAAGAUCAAAUUAAUGAAAUAGACAAAACCAUUAAGGAGUUGUCCAAGAACAUUCCAGGAUUUACAGAAAAAGAGCGUCAAAUACAAAGCGAAAUUAAUAGAAUUAAUGAGACUUUAAAAAAGAAGAAUAAUCAAAUUCAUGAGCUCAACAAGAAAAUCGAGAAGUGUAAUCGAUAUAUUCAAGACAAGAAGAAGGAUAUUAGCGAUACAGAGCUUGAUACUAACGAUGCAGAUCAGCAAUACAUUCAAGAUUUAAACGAAAAAAUUGAAAAGCAUCUGGCAAAGAUCGAACAACUGAACGAAAAGAUUCAUGAAGAUGAUAAAAAAAUUGAAGAGAUAAAAAAGCAAAGUGAGAGCCUUACGAAUCAAAUAGCUACCACAAGAAAGGAAUUCCAAGACACAACUCGCAAACACGAUGAAAAGAAUGAGGAAAUUCUUGCUGUUCUUGAACAAAUUCGUGCUGUCCAAGAAAACUCUAGAGGAUUUGAGUAUAGAAUUGCUCAGGCCCAAAGAGCUGUUGCUGAUGAAGAAAAAGUUGUUGGCCAGUUGGCACAAGUGAUGAACGAAACUAGAGAGCUUGCAUUGGUGCAUUCAAAUCAACAGGAAAUCACUCCUUCUGGAACUGUAAAUGAAAUAUCAGCCAAAAUUUCUCAAAAGAAAAGGCAACUCGACAUUGAACGUGAAAAAUUGGGCGAAAUGAACUUUGCAGAAAUCAAAAACAGAUAUAUUCAAUACAUGAGAGAGUAUGAACAGAAAUAUGAAGCAUUCAAUUGUUCGAAUCAAGCUUGUAGUAUCAUGAAAACAGGCCUAGCAGCAAGAUAUCAAAAUUGGAGAAAGUUAAAAUCAGGCAAUAUCCAAACGGUCUCACACCUUUUCGACGUUUACAUGAGUCAAAAAGGUCACUCAGGUCAAAUCUAUGUAGAUGAUAACAGUGGAACUCUCAAAUUUGACAUUCACAUGGCAACACAUGGAUCUAAGGUACAAGUUGCUGAUACCAAAUCUCUGUCAGGUGGUGAAAAGUCUUACACAACUGUGAGUUUUUUGCUUGCAAUUUGGGAAUUGGUAGAUACUCCAUUUCGAGCUGUCGAUGAAUUUGACGUUUUUAUGGAUAGCAUGUAUAGAAAGACAGCUAUGGAUUUAAUUUUGGCAACCGCUAAAGAAAAGCAUCACAGUAAGCAAUUGAUCUUAAUUACACCUCAAGAUGUGUCCAUUGUGAAGAAGGAUCCUGAAUUUUUGAAGAUUAUCAAGUUACAACCACCCAAGAGAGAUGAAAAUCAAAGAACCAUGGACGAGUUUAUGCAUCAACAUGGACAAUAA